UGAAAAUUUCUCUUUGUAAAUGGGAUCAGUGUUAAAUCAGCAACAUGCAAGCGGGGCAAGCAAAGGUGGUGGAGAAGAGCCCGGGAAGCUGCCGGAGCAGGCAGAGGAGGAAUCCCAGGUUUUGCACGGAACUGGCCACUGUAAGUGGUUCAACGUGCGAAUGGGAUUUGGAUUCAUCUCCAUGAUAAACCGAGAGGGAAGCCCCUUGGAUAUUCCAGUCGAUGUAUUUGUACACCAAAGCAAAUUAUUCAUGGAAGGAUUUAGAAGCCUAAAAGAAGGAGAACCAGUGGAGUUCACAUUUAAAAAAUCUUCCAAAGGCCUUGAAUCAAUACGGGUAACAGGACCUGGUGGGAGCCCCUGCUUAGGAAGUGAAAGAAGACCCAAAGGGAAGACACUACAAAAAAGAAAACCAAAGGGAGACAGCACUUCUUCUUGUGGAAGUCUGCUGGCCACAAGUUCUCUCAGAUGCUACAACUGUGGUGGCCUUGAUCAUCAUGCUAAGGAAUGUAGUCUACCUCCUCAGCCAAAGAAGUGCCAUUGCUGUCAGAGCAUCACGCACAUGGUGGCGAACUGCCCUCACAAAACUGUGGUGCAGCCGCCCGCCGGUUCUCAGGGAAGACAGGAAGCAGAGCCCCAGCCGUGCCCCGCGUUCCCUCGAGAGGUGGGGGGCGGGCACGGCUAUCCGUCACCACCGUUUCCUCAGGAGGCGAGGUCCGAGGUCUCAGAGUGGCCAGGCACGUCACCUGCAGAAGCUUCCUCCACAAAGUCAUCUGCAGCACCAGAAGAUCAAAGCAAAAAAGGGCCUUCCGUUCAAAAACGGAAAAAGACAUAACCCUUUUUCUUAACGUAUCAUUUUCUCUCCCCGGUUGGGAAGUCUACCUCAUGCAAGUACAGGGGAACAGUAUUUCACAAACAGCAGCUGACCUGGGAUUUUUAACUACUGUUGAGGAACUGUGAAUUUUUUUAAACAGACAAAUCACUCUAAGCAAAUUACCUUUGAGC